GAUCCCGCCCCCGUACGCCGGCUUCGGCGUGGUGGAGGUAGCGGCGGAAGUGAACGGAGCGGUUCCCGCUGCGGGUGAGGCGCAUGGUUUAUUUAUUUCGAGAGAGAAGGAGAGAGAGAGAAUUCCAAGCAGGCUCCAUGCUGUCAGUGCAGAACCCAGCUUAGGCCUUGGACGCAUCCACAAACCAGGAGAACGUGACCUGUGCUGAAGUCGAACACUUAACCAACUGAGCCACCCAGAUUUCUGAUGAUUAGACCUGUCCACAAGAAGUGAGCUGGCAAGGCUGCUUUUCUGUGGUGAAACUGAGAAGCUGAUUGGCACCAUGAAGGUCUUCUGCGGGCGGGCCAAUCCAACCACUGGCUCUGUGGAGUGGCUGGAAGAGGAUGAGCACUAUGAUUACCACCAGGAGAUUGCAAGAUCCUCCUAUGCUGAUAUGUUACAUGACAAAGACAGAAAUAUAAAAUAUUAUCAGGGUAUCCGGGCUGCUGUGAGCAGGGUGAAGGACAGAGGACAGAAGGCUUUGGUUCUUGACAUUGGCACUGGCACGGGACUCUUGUCAAUGAUGGCGGUCACAGCAGGGGCUGACUACUGCUAUGCCAUUGAGGUUUUCAAGCCUAUGGCUGAUGCUGCUGUAAAGAUUGUGGAGAAAAAUGGCUUCAGUGAUAAGAUUAAGAUUAUUAACAAGCAUUCCACUGAGGUGACGAUGGGGCCAGAUGGUGACAUGCCAUGCCGUGCCAAUAUCCUGAUAACGGAGUUGUUUGAUACGGAACUGAUUGGAGAGGGAGCGCUGCCUUCCUAUGAACAUGCACACAGGCAUCUCGUGCAGGAAAACUGUGAGGCAGUGCCUCACAGAGCAACUGUCUAUGCUCAGCUGGUGGAGUCCAGGAGGAUGUGGUCGUGGAAUAAGCUCUUUCCUAUCCCUGUGCAUACCAGCUGUGGAGAGCAGGUCAUCGUCCCCCCCUUGGAACUGGAGAGGUGCCCUGGUGCACCCUCUGUCUAUGACAUUCAGUUGAACCAAGUGUCAUCCGCUGACUUCACUGUCCUCAGUGAUGUGCUGCCUAUGUUCAGUGUGGACUUCAGCAAGCAAGUCAGUAGCUCAGCAGCCUGCCACAGCCGGCAGUUUGAACCUGUGGCAUCUGGUCGAGCUCAGGUGGUUCUCUCUUGGUGGGACAUUGAAAUGGACCCUGAGGGGAAGAUUAAGUGCAGCAUGGCCCCCUUCUGGGCACACUCAGACCCAGAGGAGCUACAGUGGCGGGACCACUGGAUGCAGUGUGUGUACUUCCUGCCACAAGAAGAGCCUGUUGUCCAAGGCUCAAGCAUCUACCUGGUAGCGCACCAUGAUGACUAUUGUGUAUGGUACAGCCUCCAGAGGACCAGCCCUGAAAAGGACAGGAGAGUCUAUCCAGCACGCCCCGUGUGUGACUGCCAAGCUCACCUGCUCUGGAACCGGCCUCGGUUUGGAGAGAUCAACGAUCAGGACAGAACUGAUCAAUACAUCCAGGCUCUGCGGACAGUACUGAAGCCAGACAGUGUCUGCCUGUGCGUCAGUGACGGCAGUCUGCUCUCCUUGUUGGCCCAUCACCUUGGGGCAGAGCAGGUAUUUACAGUAGAGAGCUCAGCAGCUUCUUAUAGACUGAUGAAAAAAUGCCCAGGGAGUCAACACUCACAAGCUGACCUGACUGAUUGGUUCCAUGAUGGUAUUUCUUCCCUUGGCCAUCGAUUGGUUUUGAUUUCCUUUCUGAAGGAAACUACCAGAACUACAAGCCUAUUGCUAAGUCCUGCUGAUACGUCUAUUUUCAAGGCUAAUCACUUGGAAGAUAAAAUUAAUAUAAUAGAGAAACGGCCUGAAUUGUUAACAUCUGCAGACUUGGAGGGUAAAAAGAUCUCUCUCCUCCUGGGUGAACCAUUCUUCACUACCAGCCUGCUGCCUUGGCACAACCUGUACUUCUGGUAUGUGCGGACUGCCGUGGACCAGCAUCUGGGGCCUGGUGCUGUGGUGAUGCCCCAGACUGCCUCGCUGCACGCUGUGGUCGUGGAGUUCAGGGACCUGUGGCGGAUCCGGAGUCCCUGUGGUGACUGCGAAGGCUUUGACGUACACAUCAUGGAUGACAUGAUUAAGCAUGCCCUGGACUUCAGGGAGAGCAAGGAGGCCGAACCCCACCCGCUGUGGGAGUACCCAUGCCGCUGUCUGUCUGAGCCCCAGCAGAUCCUGACCUUUGAUUUUCGGCAGCCAGUACCCCCACACCUGAUCCAUGCUGAGGGCUCCAUUGAGCUGAGGAGGCCUGGGAGGAGCCAUGGGGCCGUCCUGUGGAUGGAAUACCACCUCACGCCGGACAACACUGUCAACACUGGCCUCCUGAAGUCUGUAGAGGACAAGGUAGUGCUGUGCACGGGGACUGUUGCUGGAACCCCCACUGCAAGCAGGCAGUGUACUUCUUCACCAUGGCGGACCCCAGAGCGCCGCUGGGCGGCCCUCAGACUGUCAGUUACACUGUGGAUUUCCACCCCCACACUGGAGACAUCACCAUGGAUUUCUCACUCUCAGACACCCUGGACGAUGGGCAGUGACCCUCACCUGUUGAGAAAUAAAGUGGCCUGAGGGCUCUGGGCUCUGA